UGGAGCCCCUGUUGUCGUGAUUGCAAAGAGAGAAAAGGGUCUCAGCAAGCAGCAUCUUGCAGGACGCACAGAGCUGGCCAUCCACAGCCUCGCGCACCGGACACGGUACCCAGGCGCAUACACGAAAGACACGGGACUCGGUGAUUAUUGUGUUUGGGACUGCAGCUGUAGAAGUGGACUUUCUGCAUAUUGUUUGAAUGGGAAAGAGCGGGCACCGCUUUUUGUUUAAAUUUAGACUUAUCGGCGAGGCAGUGUAGACUGCUUGUGCUCGUUUGUUUUGGUAGAUUACACGUCUGAAGUGAACGUGGUAUGACAGAAGCGCGUCAGCAAUCACAACUCCUGAGUGCGCCUGGCAGUCAGAGAGAUGAACUUUUAUUGUUUGCAGAGAAAAAGACGCAUUACUGGAUAACAAGCUGAACGCAUAAUGACUGGAGUUAAUUAGCCUCACAAUUUCAGCAGCUCUCUUAUAUUUGGGAAUACAAAUAUUUCACUGGCUUCUCUGGAUACUUUGUGGCGUCUCACUUUUGGAGGAUAAGUGGAUGUUUUGGCGGAACUUGCAAGUUUGUAAAUUAAUUUUAGCUUUAACAUCAGAGUGUGUGUUAUAUAGCCUAUAUCAUAUCCACCCUUCUCUUUCAUAGCGUCUGGACUGUAAUCUUACAUUUAGAAAAAUGAGCAUCUACAGCCUGGCUUUGUCUUGUUUAGUGGCGUGCGUCCUCUCCGUGCGCUGCAGCUCGGUGGCUACCGGGACAGAGACUCAGAGCUCGCCACAGGAGUCGUGCGCGUCCUGCGGCCUCAGGGCGCCGGAUCUGUCGGAGCGGGUGAACAUUGACUUUUUGGAAGCGGUGAAGAGGCACAUACUGAACCGGCUGCAGAUGAGAGACAGACCCAACAUCACCCAUCCCAUCCCGAAGGCUGCGAUGGUGACGGCGCUGAGGAGGCUGCACGCCGGGAAAGUGAGAGAGGACGGCCGUGUGGAGAUCCCCAGCUUUGACGGACAGGCUGCAUAUAACAACGAGGUUCAAGCGGAGAACUCUGAGAUUAUCAGCUUCGCCGAAUCAGAUGACCACACAUCCUCCAAGUCUGGCCUGUACUUCCUCAUCUCCAACGAGGGCAACCAGAACCUGUAUGUGUCCCAGGCAAACCUCUGGCUCUACUUCCGUGUGCUGCCAGCCGGUCCUGAGAAGGGCCUCCGGAGGAAGGUGACGGUCAAGAUCCAUUACCAGGAGCCUGGGGCUGCCAGCGGUGCAGAGGGAGGCCCAGGAGGUGGUGGAGGGGGAACAGGCCGAUGGGCCCUGGUGGAGAAGCGGGUGGAUCUGAAACGCAGCGGCUGGCAUACUUUCCCCCUCUCAGAGGCGGUGCGGGCUGUGUUCGGGAAGGCCAGCCGGCGGCAGGACCUGGAGGUCCACUGCGAGGGCUGUGAGACAGCUGGCGUGGCUCCAGUGCUAGUGGACCCAGGCGACCCGUCCCAUCGGCCCUUCCUGGUGGUGCGUGCGCGGCAGGUGGAUGGAAAGCACCGCAUUCGUAAGCGAGGGCUCGAGUGUGACGGCACCAGCGGGGGCCUUUGCUGCCGGCAGCAGUUUUACAUAGACUUCCGCCUUAUUGGCUGGAACGACUGGAUCAUUGCACCAGCUGGUUAUUACGGCAACUACUGUGAGGGCAGCUGCCCGGCCUACAUGGCGGGUGUGCCGGGCUCGGCUUCAUCCUUCCACACUGCAGUAGUUAACCAGUAUCGCAUGAGAGGGAUGAGCCCGGGCUCAGUCAACUCCUGCUGUAUCCCCACCAAGCUCAGUACUAUGUCCAUGCUCUACUUUGACGAUGAAUACAACAUCGUAAAGAGGGAUGUGCCCAACAUGAUCGUGGAGGAGUGUGGCUGCGCUUGAAUCCACACGGACCCUUCAUUAUCUUUGAACUUGGAACAGUCAGAAAGGCCUUUUGUACAAACAGGACGUUAUUGUACGGUACACAUAUACAAUAUAUCUAUACCUACUGUAUGUGCAAGCAACACACACACACUGGUACAUCUGGUACAUCUAGCAAAUGCAAGUAUCAGUACUGUGUCGGUGUGUGUUUGUACGUGUUCGCGCGAGUGUGUGUAUUUAUCAGACUGAGUGACGUGCUCGCUGUCCGAGUUUAGUCCGUUCAGCGACCACUGGUCAGCGAUGGGACUAGAAGGGAAUGAUUAUCACCAAAUGAUACUUUGCUCUAGUUUGCCAUUUCUAGUCAAAAAAUAAUGGCUCAUCAUCUCCUCUUGAAUGAAGAUAACAAGCGCUUAAGGAAAGUGACAGGAUCAGCUGAUAACAUUAUUGGCUUCACCCCAACACUCCCACCCCUGCUCCUCCAACCCUCUUAAGUACUUUAAGCACAUGGCAGACUUUGUUUUUAUAAAGCACUGACAAUUCAUCAGCUUAUACAAUUCAGAACACCAGCACUUCCCUACUCUGCCGACAGACACAGUCUGACUGUCCUCUCUGGUGGAAUUAGACCAGCAGCGCUUAAUGCCUUGCAGGAUUAUACCCUCCACAGAAAGGCAAAAGAAAGUCCUCCACAGAGCCACUGCUGCUGCUGUUGUCGUUCUUGCUGUUGACUACAGGCCUCACCCUCAACUUCCUGCGUGACAAGAGAGCUGCAGGCCCUGCUACCAUGACAACCAAGUGAAGAUAGAUCUCAUAAGUGCACUUCACUUGUGCACUGGGAGCGACAGAGAGAGAGAACUGCUUCCUCCCGCCAGUAAGGCUCAGUAGAAGUGGGCCUACGGACGUGGAGACUCUAGUUUCGGCCCAGUGGGUCGCCACAGUGCAGUGCAGCACUUGCAGAAACUGAAAUGCACACCCUGAAUAGCACUUGUAUAAAGAAAUGCCUUCCAAGGGGUACUGAGUGUCCUGUCCUAUCGCUAAAUAAGUGCCACAUGAGCUAUGCAAUGUAUAGUAACCUAUACCCAUACUCAACAUGCUCUAUUAGACUGAAUUCUCUUUCCAUCUUUCUCUUUCUCUUUCUCUCUCCCUCCCUCUCUCUCUCUCUCUCUCUCCUCUUUUCUCGCUUCAGUCCUCAACUCUUUAUCAAUACUUGAAAUGUAAUCUUUCGCUUCCUUUCCAAAGCGAAUGAUUGUUGUGACAUUUGCACUGAAAAGUUGCGGGAUUAGUGAAACAAAAACUGCCAUUGAAAAGUUAUUUUUAUAGAAGUAAAUUGAAUUUUGUUUCAAAUGUAUUUUACCUAAUUAAUGGAACCAAAGAGGCCAAGAUUUUAGCUAUUGUACUAAGAUGGCAAGGCCAUUGAUUUACUGUGUACAAUACUGUUUUUUUGGAUCAUUUGCAAUAGGCCUACCACUGUAUCAGGGUACGAUAUAUGAUUUCAUUUCUUAGCUCAUUUUCAUUCUCUGUUUUGUACAAUAAGCAACACUUCAUUUUUCAUCUUUAAUUCUAUUUUUGUUUCAGUUUUCUAUUUAAUAAGAAAGUUAUUUUUAGUUCCUGUCUAAGAAUCAUUUAG